AUGGAUAAUGAACAACGUAUAUUAGAGGAGUUAGUUAAAGCAAAAGAAAAUAUUAAACGUAAAUUUAUUGCGUUGAAAAGCGGGGAGGCUAAUAUUUCUGCAGAAGUAAUAAAAACUCUAGAUCCGGUUAUUGAACAUCUGAAUAUAAUACAUAAAGAGCAAACAUUAUCGUCACUUAAACAUAGUGAUUAUAAUCAAGCCGCACCGGAGGAUUAUAUUAAAGAAGAAGAGGAAAAAUUAGUACAGAACGUGACAGUGUUGACGCUGAAAAAUCCCAAUAUAUUAAACUAG